UUCACACUCGACAAGAUGUUUGGGUUUAUGAAAUCUAAGCAAAAGCCAGCUGACUCACCAGCUGAUGCCGAGGACAAGAACCCGAUUUCACCUAGAAGGACUACCUCUGAUCCUGUGCUGUUAUCAGAUUCCAUAGAAGAUGACAAUGGUAAGGGCAGAAAAAAGCGAACUCCGGCAUCCACUAGGGCGUCACGGGCAAGGAAUCACGAUAAAUAUAAGGAUGAUUUCCGUGACUCCGGCGGGCUGCAAGCCCAGACCAUGGAAGACCUCGAAGGGUACGCCGUCUACAAGGCCGAAGAGACGACGGACAGUGUCAAUAACUGCUUGAGGAUUGCCGAGAACAUCCGAGAGGAUGCUUCGAAGACUCUCGAUACUUUGCAUCAGCAAGGCGAGCAAAUCGAAAGGACCCACCAAAUGGCUGUCGGCAUAGAUAAGGAUUUGAGUAAGGGUGAGAAGCUUUUGAAUGAUCUAGGGGGUGUGUUUUCUAUGCCUUGGAAACCAAAGAAGACUCGAGAUAUUACUGGUCCUGUGAUCACCGCAGAUGAUAACAAGAAAAACAAACCCGGGACAAAGGAGCAGAGAGAAAAGUUGGGUCUGGAUCCUGUACAUAAGUCUAAGGGCGGAAGUAAGACAACUAUGUCGGAACCAGAACCGACCGAUGCCAUACAGAAAGUUGAGCUCGAGAAGAGAAAGCAAGAUGAUGCGCUUUCGGAUUUAAGUGAUAUCUUGGGUGAUCUAAAGGGCAUGGCUGUCGACAUGGGAUCCGAACUCGAUAGACAAAACAAAGCCCUUGAUCAUCUCAACGAUGAUGUGGAUGAACUGAAUAACCGAGUGAAAGGUGCCAAUGCACGCGCACGUAAAUUGCUUAACUAAAAACAGUUGCAGAGCUUACCAAAUUCUAUUUUCACAGUAUUUAACAAGUUUUUAACAUUUCCUUUUCUCGAAUUUUCCG